CAUAAGCAAGGCAAGCAAGUAAAGGACAGAUUCUGUUCUUUAUUCCUUGUAGGCCUAUAGUGAUGAACAAAGGGAAACCUGCUGCGAGUGGGAAUUUUUCCAAUGUCAACUAUUUUCAACCUGGACGACAAAAUCAGAAUACCGGAAGAAACAAUAUUCGAUUUCAAAACAAUACAGGAAAUAAGGGGAAUGAUUCCAGCGUAAGAAGUGGAAAUACUGUUCAAACCAAUGCGGCUAUGGGUGUCAGUCGAGCUAAGGCUAGAAAUAGAAACGAUUUUAAAAAUUCUUCCACUAAAUUUUCAAAUAAGGGAGGAAAUUUAAACUCUUAUAGAGACGUCAACUCGGGUGGCAACAGAACUGAUAACAAUAUCAGCAACAGUAAUGGUACUAGCAACUAUGUGAAUAGAAAUAAUGGCCCUAAUAGGUUGCCAAAGAAGUUUAACCCACAAAAUAGCAAUCUAAAGAAAGGCAAUAGCAAUAUACCCGAAAAGCCCAAAACUAUAGCAUCAGAGUCUGGUAAACUUAUAAAAGAACCAAAGUCCAGAGUUGACUCCACAAAUUUUGAAGUAAAAUUCUACGGUACUUUAAUGCCAAAUCCUGAAACAUUUGGUUUCCAAAAGCUCCCUCAUAAAGCACUUAAAGCCCCCCGUUACAUGCUUAAAGAAAAUGUCUUAUUUGACAUGAAAAGCUUUCAGCUCAACCCUUGGGAUUACGAGAAUCAGAAAAAGCUUUUGAAAAGGGAAACAGAGUUUUCAGGAGAACCCCAGCUUCUCUUUGAAGAGUUCCAAGAAUACAGAAAAGUUGAGAGGGAAAACAUGGAGAAAUACAACUUGGUUGAUAAAGAAAAUGCCAAGAAAUCUUUGGAUGAUGCAAUUGUUUUCAGAGGAAGCUGUCAGGAUAUGUGUCCAACCUAUGAGCGUGUAGAACGAGUUUUUAAAAAUCAGGUUUCCAAGUGGGAAAAAGAUCCUGUUACAAAUAAAAUUUCAAGAUCACUAGCAAUAAAAACGUUCAUGAGACCCUCAGGACAAGCACCUCCAUUACCAUCUGAUGUUAGACCUCCAAAUGUGUUACAAAAAACGUUGAAUCAUAUAAUAGAUAAUUUACUUCCAAAACUGCCUGAAUCACAAUCUUUUAUCUGGGAUCGGACCAGAUCCAUCAGGCAGGACUUUACUUUCCAAAAUAACUACUCUGGUAUUGAAUCAAUUGAUUGCCACGAAAAGAUUUGUCGGAUACAUAUACUGUCGUUGCACGUCAUGUCAGGCGCCAAUGAUCCCGACUAUCAACAACAACAAGAAGUUGAACAAUUUAACAAUUCUUUACAGACGCUAACUCACAUGUACGAUGAUGUUCGAUCAAGAGGCGGUUUUUGUCCAAAUGAACCUGAGUUCAGAGCUUACGAAUUGAUAUCUAAGAUAAAAGAUACAGAAUUGGACAGAUAUCUACAGACUCUACCUCAUUAUAUUCAAACAGCUCCUAUUGUUCAACAAACUAUAAUGUUAAGAAAUCUAGUUAUUCAAGGUAUGAACAGUCUCAAUUACUACUACGAGUUCUUCAAAAUAAUCUUGGACAAAUCGAAAACAACAUUUCUCAUGUCAUCCUUGGCUGAAAUACAUUUCAAUGAAAUUAGAUUCAACGCUUUGAGGGCAAUGAGUAGGUCAUUUCACUCGAAAUCAAAAAAGAUGCCUUAUGUUACAGAUAUUUCACACGCGUUAGGUUAUAAUGAUACGAACCAGUUUUUGGAGACAUGUGAGCUUUAUAUGCUACCAGUUUUCCAUGAUGAUGAAACAAACUCAGCUCGUGUUGAUGUUACUGCAUUGAAAUCAGUUUUCAAAAUUUCUCAGAAACAACCAUACACAAAGCGAAUUGAUGAUAUGAUUGGCGGUAAUUCCAUGUCUAGUAUCGUUAAUGGUGGUAUUUUAAAUCAAGACUUGAAUUUGAAACAGCCUCAAACAUUGGAGCAGAUUGCCAGGGAAAGUUUCAAGGGAAGUAAACAAAAUAGUUCAUUCGUUAACGAGAUAUUUUCCAGCAGCAAAAACUUUCGAUCGUCUCGAACUUUGAUGGUGAUUGAGCCAGAAUCACAAAAGCGAGCAGUGAGAAACGAAUGUGCAAAUCUGAAUUCAACCCUCAACAAGCAAAAUGAAUUUCCCACCUUUCAACCAAUGCAAAUGAGUAGACCGGCUGAAUCUAACUCAACUAAUCCAAGUUUUUUUCAGCAAGAAAAAGCUGCAGAGCUAGCUCAACCUAGAAGUCAAAUAUCUACAAAUCCACCUCAAAUUCCACCUGUUGAUGAUCUUGCGACUAAGUCAUCGAUAUCAGAUCUCAACCCGCUUAAUAAAACUGAUGCAACUCAAGGAGUCAAUGUUUCGUCUUCUCAGGAGAUUAUGAGCUCUAGCAGCACAACAAAGCCCGAACCUCGACCUAUAGCUACGAAAGCUAUUAUCCGCAAAAAGUUAACAGAAAACCCCUUGUUUGAACGUGAGGCAAUGAAGGCUGCAAACGCUCUUGUGAAUGACUUUACUCAUAAAAUAAUCUGUGAUUUGAUAAAGCAAAAGGUGGAUGAAGCAAGAACAAGACGAGUUCUUGCGUCCAAAAAUAAGCUAGUCAAUGAACUUUCACAAGAGAUGUUCAACGCAUUCAUGAGAGAGCAAAUAUAUCUUGCCGCAUUAGAAGCAAAAGCUGCGUUCUUUUUCAAAAAAAAUCUCAAGCUUCAUGCUGUAAGACAACUAAUAAAAAAAGCCAAACAAGUGUUGAAGAACAAACAACUAAGUGAAGCUAGGAACAAUGAAAUCAAACUAUUCAAUAAUUCUUUAGUUUUGCCGGUUGUUCAUCCUAAAUUACUUUAUACGCCUCAAGAACAGAAACUUGAAAUCCCUUUAUUUUCAACAUCUGUUUCAGAUCCUGGUGAAAUAUUCAAUCGCGUAAAGCCUACGUUUGACUUAAGUGGAACUAUAGUGCUACGGUCUUCUCUGUCAUACACUUCUCAGUGGAUAUUAAGACAGUUUGGUUGUGCUCAAAACAAUAAGGCAAAAGAGGUAGAAAGUGAAAAUGGAUUCAAGCUCCAUAUGGAAAUUCUUCCGGAUAACUUUGAGCCUUCAAUUUAUUUCAAAAAUAUUUCAUCGAUUAUCAUUCAAGUAGGCACUGUUGAAAACGUCGAUGAUUGCAAAAGGUCUACACUUCUUAAAUGUCUUUCAAAAGACGCGAAAGUUAUUGCAAAGCUAAAGGACUAUCUGGAGCGUUAUUCCAGUGCUCCUUCUUUCUCUUUCGUUAUAAUCUAUGCGGAUGCGUCCAAAGUGAAUUUGAAAUACUCUGAGCUAAAAGCAGUUUUGAAUCUCGGAAGUUUAUCCUCCUCCGGCAUAAUUGUUGGAUUGUUCAGGCUUGACAGGUCUAUUCUGAGCGGAAGUAACAGUUUGGGUAUUACAAAAAAGCCUCAGCUGGAUUUCCGUAAACUGUUAGAAACCGUCUGGAGAAAAACAUAUGAAAGGAAUAGUGAAAACUCUUCAAAAAUGGGACACAGUGUCAGUAUUUUGAAUAACACGACUGAGAAUGCCACCGGUUCUCUGCUGACUCACAGCGUGGCUAGCGAAUUCAAAAAGAAUGAACUUCCUUCAGCAUUGGUAAAAAGAAAGAUGAAACAUCUUCAUCGCGUUAUAGAUGAUUCAAAAGUUAAAAGGAGGAGAUUAUUCAGCUCUCUUCGCCCUACUGAAUUAGAUUCAUAUAUUAGUAGUUUAGCGGAAAGGUCUAGCGUUACAAAUAAUGAUUCUGAUUAUACUAAUGGCCAGAGUAGGUUGAACCCAACAGCCAGUGGCAUGUUCAGAAAUCGUGAGCUUUCAGGAAUACUAGGACAAAAUAACAGUCUUAUGUUGUUGAGAAACUAUGAAAGCAUCAAUGAAUUAGCUGAUGAAAAUUCUGGGCCGAGUUCAUAUUAUGAAGAUAACAGACAACGACUCCAGGAGUUAAGUGAACUCGAUCAACUAGCCGAUACUAUUUUGAAAAGUUGAGAUAAUUUUGUAACAAAUAUUGUAUAUUAUUCAGCAUUAACGACUUACGGGUAUAUAUCAUGAAACAACAGAGAUGUUGCAGGAAAUUUUGGGCAAAGUUCCUUUCAACAGGUUAUAAAGCAUACGAACUGGGCGUAGUUGAAAUUGAUAUUUGCUUCACGAUUUUUCUCGACUGACGAAAUGUCAGCUUUGAGUUUAAGCUUUUGAUAAACCUGUUCCAACCGUUUGGUGUCGGCAAUAUUUAUCUCGG